GAAAGCCAGUAAGAAUUAAACAAUAUCCCCUAAAGAAGGAAGACAGAGAAGGAAUCUGGCCGGUGAUAGAAAAAUUUUUGCAGUUGGGAUUAUUAAAAGAGUAUUUGAAGGAUGCUUUCUUUUGCCUCCCUCUCCAUGAAGCCAGCCAAAAAUUAUUUGCAUUUGAAUGGGAAAACCCCAAGAGUGGUCGAAAGACCCAGCUCACUUGGACGGUGUUGCCACAAGGAUUUAAGAAUAGUCCUACCAUUUUUGGCAAUCAGCUUGCGAAAGACUUAGAAUCCUGGGAAGCCCCGUCUGAGGAGGGGAAGCUGUUGCAGUAUGUGGAUGAUAUCCUGAUCGCCACCAAAACAGAGAAAGAUUGUAUGACAUGGACGCCACUGAGCAGAAACACCUUGAGUGGAACAAGGAGACCGAAUGAGCCUUUGAGCUACUGAAAAAGGCUUUGAUGUCGGCCCCGGCCUUAGGACUCCCAGAUGUAAGCAAGCCGUUUCUUCUUUACUCUCACGAGAAGCAGGGCAUUGCCCUGGGAAUAUUAGCACAAAACCUGGGUCCAUAUCGACGGGCAGUUGCCUACCUCUCUAAGCAGUUAGACACAACUGCAAAAGGUUGGCCUGGAUGCCUGCAGGCGGUUGCAGCUGUGAUACUGAACAUACAGGAAGCCCGACAGUUUACUCUGGGCCAGAAAAUGACUGUUUUGGUGUCUCACACAGUAUCAGCAGUACUGGAAGCAAAGGGUGGACAUUGACUCUCUCCGCAAAGAUUCCUGAGAUAUCAAGCUAUAUUGGUAGAGCAGGAUGAUGUGGAGAUUGUAGUCACUAACAUUGUCAACCCAGCUUCUUUUCUCAGCGGGAACACAGGAGAACCGGUACAUCAUGACUGUUUGGAAAUCAUCGAAGCAACAUACACCAGUCGCCCAGACCUGAAAGACAGCCCCAUGGAAAACGGGGAAACUUGGUUCACAGACGGAAGCAGUUACGUCCUAAAUGGUAAUCGACAUGCAGGAUACGCCAUCACCACCAGCCAAGAGGUAAUAGAAUCAGGGGCUUUGCCCAUGAACACCUCUGCACAGAAGGCAGAAAUAAUUGCUCUAACCCGCGUCCUGGAAUUGGCCCAGGGCAAAGUUGUGAACAUUUAUACAGACUCAAAAUAUGCCUUUGGAGUUGUACACGCACAUGGAGCAAUUUGGAAGGAGAGAGGACUAUUGAGUUCUCAAGGGAAAAAUAUCAAACACGCAGAAGAAAUUCUGAAGUUACUGGAAGCUGUCCAGCUCCCUAAGAAAGUAGCAAUUAUGCAUAUUAAGGCACACCAGAAAGUGAGCUCAGAUUUGGAAAAAGGGAAUGAGCUGGCGGACAGAGAGGCAAAACAAGUGGCCAAAACAAAGGUAAAAACAGAAGGGGCCUUAAUUCCUGAUAGGCAGAUUUCCCUAGAAGGUAAGCCAGAAUACACCAAGGAAGAUCAGAAGCUCAUUACAGAUUUAGAAGGGUCAUAUAAUGAAGAGGGGUGGGCUCAUACCCCACAGGGAAAGGUAAUUGUUCCCUCUUGCUUAUUAUGGCAUUUGAUACGGGAGGAACAUAGGAAAAGACAUUGGGGAACAGAGGCUCUGUAUAAUCAUUUGAUAAGAGAAAUUGUGGCUAGAAAUUUAUACACCACGGUGAGACAGGUGACUCAACAGUGUGAUCUUUGCCUCCAGACUAAUCCUAAGAAUACCCCCAAGCCGGAAAUGGGCCAGAUUGGAAAAGGCAAUGGGCCUGGACAACAAUGGCAAAUUGAUUUUACAGAACUUCCAAGAAAAGGGGGGUAUCGAUAUUUAUUGGUAUUAACUGAUACCUUUUCAGGUUGGCCAGAAGCAUUCCCAACAAGAAUGGCUAAAGCUCGGGAGGUAACUAAAAUAUUAGUGCAAGAGAUAAUACCACGGUUUGGGGUUCCAGCAACCAUAUCCUCUGACAGAGGACCACAUUUUGUCUCAAGAAUAGUACAACAAAUUAGCUGCCAUUUGGGUAUAGAUUGGCAGCUUCAUACUCCAUAUCACCCCCAGUCGAGUGGUCAAGUGGAAAAAAUGAACCACUUAAUCAAACAGCAAAUUGUGAAAUUAGGACAAGAAGCAAAUCUGACAUGGCCUCAGUCUCUCCCUUUAGCCCUUCUGCGUAUACGAACAAGACCAAGGGCGAAAGAAGGACUGAGCCCCUUUGAAAUCCUGUAUGGACAACCCUAUGGGAUACAGAGAGGGGUGUCUGUACAAGCGGGGGAUGAAAUUAUGACUUCUUACAUGGUAGCAUUAGGUAAGCAACUUAAUAAAAUCAGGAAGCAUGUGGUAGGGACUCGAGGGAGAGGUUUGGAUGGGCCUGUACAUAAUAUACAACCAGGAAAUUAUGUGUAUAUAAAGUCUCUUACAGAAAAAACUCUGGAGCCACAGUGGGAAGGACCAUUUCAAGUAUUACUCACCUCCUUUACUGCAAUCAGAAUCAAGGAACAGAACGCCUGGAUUCAUCACACCAGAGUGAAAAAGACACCCAGAACUCCAUGGAAAGUCACCACAAAACCCGAUGGACACUUAGUUUUUACGCGGUAA